CUGAUUUGAAUGUCCCUAAUGUUAUCGGCAAGCACCAUCUCUGUGUUGUUAAAAACUGUCACUUUGAUUCAUAGCUAAUUGCCUGAGCAAUCAAUAUGAAGCAUUCAUGCAGUUCACCACUGGUUUCGAAGGUUUUACAACCUUGCACAUUGAUUUUGGUGUUAUAGUUUGCAGAAUCUCUUCUCUGUGAAAGUCCUGUUUAUUCUUGAAAGGUGUUGAUGUUGAUGCUGCUACUCAUCAUGAUAUAAACAAGAAGGCAAUCUUAAAAUUUAUUACGAAUUUGCUAUGCCAUUUGGCUUCUAUGGACAACCAACAAAGCUCUUGCAUUUGUUAUUCAGAACAAGAAGGACCUUUGUGAUUUAUUUAUUAACUGUUGUAUGUCACUUGUAUCCCUGGAGCAUUGGUACAUGAACUAACAUGUGGCAUUUCAAAUAUAUCAGUUAGUUGUUAUCGUAUGCAUUUAUAUGUUGAGUAGGAUCUGGUAGAACUUGGUUAUGUUGUAUAAAAUAUGGGAAUACCUAUCUUUUCUUUAGAUACUUGAACCAUAUUUUCCCCACAUGAUCCUAUUUUACCAUAAUUAUUUGAAAAAAGUUUUGGUAUCACUCUUCUCCUACUCAUUUCAGUCCAUAUCUAAAUGAUAACCGACUUCAAUGUCGACAAACAUAAGGUCUGUUUAGGAUUAUCUGCUUUGCAGCACCUGUUCCUAUUAUGAUGUUAAUAUGUAUAAAGUUUUUGCUGUUGUGUUAAUUCUGCUGCUGCUGUUGUUGAAAGAAAUGUAGGUUGUAUGUUUGGUCCGGUUUGGACAUUUAAGUGACUUGUUAUCAGCUUGUUAUUGUAGUUAUGGGCAUGUUAAUUUUACUUUACUGUGAUCUUUUUGGUUCCAAAAUUCACUGAGUGCAUCCUUCCAAUAUUUGAUCCAAAAGAUUACAAGCUUGUUAAUUUCUGCAGAAUGUCACAUCUGCAAUUCCUACCAUGCAUGAUCUAAAUGCUUUCAUAUAUAUAUAUAUAUAUAUCCAGAAACUAUCUAAAAAAGCAAUGUAUUAAGUUCAUCUUGACUAUUUUCCUUGCUAUAUAUAUUUUGUUGUUAUGGUCUGGGUAAAGUUUUGGAAAAGAUCUUGAUCUCCAACAUAGUACCUCAGAAGGUGAUUCAAGUUUUUAACUGAUCAGUUACUACCAGCAAUUAAGACUGUCAAUGUACUACACUACUAGUAUACUACUAGUUGGUUCUUCAUUGUCCACAUGUUUCAUGACAUCUUCAAUUGAUUUUGAGUUUGUAUGUUUUAAAGAGACCCCACAAGGACUAGUGGUUGGUGGCUCACACUUCACAAGGUUUAAGACCUUGCUUUAAAAGAUAAGGCAUAACACUCUGCACCAAACUUUAGCCUUUUCCUUGGAAUUUUUGAGGACCCAAUGUCCAUAUAACACCAUGGUUUUUCUGAGUGUCAGCACUGCAGAUUCAAUCAUCUCCAAAAUUCCACCAAGCAGUAAAACUCCUUGUUUUUCACAGCAAACAGCUCCAAGACAUAAAGAAGAUUGAAGUUUGAGAACUAUGGAAGAAAGAGAGGCCUUGUCUGCUGUUCAAGUCCUGCUAAGGAAGUGGACUUCCAGAGAGAAAGUGAGAAGUGUGGGAAUGUUUUGGAGGAUAAGUAUCUUGUGAUGAAGUAUGGAUGGGGUGUGAGGAGAAUGGCUCAAGUGGGAGAGGAGAUGAGAUGUGUGGCUCAUGUUCAGGCUGAAGCUUUUCAUGUGCCAAUGUUUUUCUUCAAUAACCUUUUCUUUGAGUUCUUCAAAGCUGAAGUGCUCUCGGCUUUAAUAUACAAAAUCAGGAAUUCUCCACCAGACAGGUAUGCUUGUUUAGUUGCAGAGAGUGUGAAUGCAAAUACUGCUGAAAUUGUUGCAGAAACAGGAAUUGUCGGUGUUGUCGAUGUCACUGUGCAGAGAGAUAAUGAUAUUGUCAAACAUUUACAAGGUGCAGAAGAGUACGUUUAUGUUUCUGGUAUUUGUGUUCCAACAAAGUUCAGGAGGCGAAAAAUAGCAACUGCAUUGCUUGAAGCUUGUGAUGCAUUGGCUGUUCACUGGGGAUUUAACUGCAUUGCUCUUAGAGCUUAUGAGGAUGAUUCGGCUGCUCGAAAAUUAUACAAAAAUGCAGGUUAUAAGAUGGUCUCUGCAGACCCGUCUUGGUUCGUUUUACUCGGUAGAAAACGGCGCAUUUUGAUGGUGAAACAACAAUCAUCAUUUCACUAAGUUGAAUUCUUUUGUAUUUUCGCAAUGGUGACAAUGCAGUUUUGAUUUUUCGACUA